GUUUUCCUUUGAAAAAGAGGCUCAGAGCUCUGGCUGGACUGACUUGGCUGGUCGAAUUUCGAGACAGCUGUUGUUCGCACCCUGGGUUUGUUGGAGACGGUGAGAAGCUUGAUCGGUGUGCUUGCCAUCAAUGUGUGCUUUCCAUCCUACAUGAGAGCUUCAUUUUUCUAACCGCAGCACACAAUAUGAGUAACUUGCCAAAACCACAUGAACACAAAUCAAGUCAUACUUACGAGCUCCGAAGUCGUAAGUAGGAACAUCCGAGGUGGACGUGAAGGCAGCAUGAUUCAGCCAAUCAAGAUCGACUGAAGUUGUUAAUUACGUGGAGCAGGUGUGGCGGAUUGGUUGGGAUUACACCCUGCUGGAGGGCAGAUCUGUAGGACCAGACGCAGAGGAAAAGACGGUCCAGUUCCACUUCGUGUUCCCGACGCAAUAACAAAAGGACUAGGACUCAGAUGUCUCAGACGAUCAUGGAAACCAUUGAUGUGAUAGAAAGCGACAGACUAAGCAGUGAAGAGGUAGUAGACUUAACCUGUGAAGGAUCAGAGCCAGCUGUGGUUGACCUCACCAAUAAUGACUCUGUUGUGCUUGUGGAGGAAGGUACACAGAGCAGACGUGCACAGGGCACAGAGAGUUACGUUUUGAGCAGUGAUGAGGAGGAAGAGCCGAGUCUAAGUCUCAGUCCUGCUUUACUGUCGUCGCUACGUGCUAGUAGCAGAGCCAGGUCUACACCAGGAGCUGUUAGCUGCCCUGUGUGCAUGGAUGCUUAUGCAGAGAUCAUCGAGAGUGGCCGACUCAUGGUGUCCACCAAAUGUGGCCACCUCUUCUGCAGUCAGUGCAUCCGCGACUCCCUGGCCCGAGCUCACUCGUGUCCCACCUGCAGAAAGAAACUCACUCACAGGCAAUAUCACCCUAUUUACAUCUGACAUGUCGAGGGAAGAUGUACUUUAACUGACCUAUGUGAUCUGACCAGCGCACUUUCAGAACCCGUUUGUAUGUCUCUGCCAAACUGCUUAUUUAAAGGCUCUUGUGAAGCAUCACCUGGACCUUGUAGUUUCAUUGACUGUAUUAGUGGUUUAAUAGCUCAAUGCCAACAAAAAAAAAAUCCACCUUUUCAAGAAGAAUAAGACUCCAGGAGCAAAAGGAGGCCAUGUCCUUGCUGAAGGAUUGUUUUUCACACAGUCCAUAUUUAAGCUGCACUUACAUUUAGGCAUUUGGUUAUUCUGUUUAGAAAUGGGUUCCUAAUACGCUAUCAAGAAUUUUCUUCAGGAAUCAAGAGACUAUACUGAAUUAGUUUUGGGAGGAAAGCAGGAUACUGCUGAGUCUGCCCAUGUCAGUUUACUACUCAUGUCUAGCUGUCACAUUUAGGGCUGGUUUUCCAGACAUGGAUUAGCCAUGGUCUCGGGCUCAGAUGCAGUGUCAGUGGUGAAUCAUUAUUGAAAAUUCUGGCUUAGGCUUAAUCUGAGUCUGGGAAACUGGCCCAAAAGGGUUUAAAAUUGGCCAUAGAUUGUGUGGUUUGGGGCUACAUUCCUUUUUAGCUGUCUGAAAAAAACAAUUGUGAGCUUUGUUAUCCGCUUUUGUAAUUGCAAAAUGUAAUAAAUGCGGGUGCAGUUUGGUUUGUUCUUCCCUUUAUCCAUUAAUUGUAAAUAUGUGUAUGUAUUUAAUGUACAAAGGUUGAGUAAGUUAAGGUCUGUUCCAGUAUAAUGGUAAACUGAGCUUGUUUCAAUAAAAUUAUGCUAUGCUUAG